GGGAUUGACAAAAAACAAGCUCAAAGCAAGAAAGAGCAAAGAAACCUUACACAUUCUUAGUUUCAUUUGGGAGGAUAUAGGAAAUAAUUAGCAAUAUGGGUUCUUUGGGCACAGCUGCAAAAAAGCCUCAUGUUGUGUGCAUCCCAUACCCAGCACAAGGUCACAUAAACCCAAUGCUGAAACUAGCAAAGCUCCUCCAUUUCAAAGGUGGCUUUCAUGUAACCUUUGUCAACACAGAAUACAACCACAAACGCCUUCUCAAAUCAAGAGGUCCUGAUUCUCUCAAUGGCCUCCCUUCAUUUCGCUUUGAAACCAUCCCUGAUGGCCUUCCUGAGACUGAUGUGGAUGUCACACAGGACAUACCUUCCUUGUGUAUAUCCACCAGAAAAACUUGCUUGCCUCACUUCAAAAAGCUGCUUUCCAAACUCAAUGAUGUCUCUUCAGAUGUUCCUCCUGUAACCUGCAUAGUUUCUGAUGGAUGCAUGAGCUUCACUCUGGAUGCUGCCAUUGAAUUGAACAUCCCAGAAGUGCUGUUUUGGACCACAAGCGCAUGUGGCUUCAUGGGUUAUGUUCAGUAUCGCGAACUCAUUGAAAAGGGCAUAAUACCCCUCAAAGACUCAAGUGAUAUCACAAAUGGUUAUCUGGAGACUACCAUCGAAUGGCUUCCGGGCAUGAAAAAUAUCAGACUGAAGGAUCUUCCAAGCUUCCUCAGAACCACAGACCCAAAUGAUAAAAUGCUUGAUUUCUUAACAGGGGAGUGCCAGAGAGCUCUGAAAGCAUCAGCAAUCAUUCUGAACACGUUUGAUGCAUUAGAGCAUGAUGUUCUAGAAGCAUUCUCAUCCAUUCUGCCACCUGUGUAUUCCAUUGGUCCUCUGCAUCUUCUCAUCAAAGAUGUCACAGACAAGAACUUGAACUCACUUGGGUCCAAUCUUUGGAAAGAGGAUUCAGAGUGUCUCAAAUGGCUUGACACCAAAGAACCAAACUCAGUUGUCUAUGUGAAUUUCGGAAGCAUCACGGUGAUGACGAGUGAGCAAAUGGUGGAGUUUGCUUGGGGACUAGCCAAUAGCAACAAAACAUUCUUGUGGGUCAUAAGGCCAGACCUUGUUGCAGGGAAACACGCGGUUUUGCCAGAAGAGUUUGUGGCGGCUACAAAUGACAGAGGUAGGUUGUCAAGUUGGACGCCACAAGAGGAUGUGCUGACUCACCCUGCUAUUGGAGGGUUCUUGACACAUAGUGGUUGGAAUUCAACGUUGGAGAGUAUUUGUGGCGGUGUUCCAAUGAUAUGCUGGCCUUUCUUUGCAGAACAACAGACUAAUUGCCGGUAUUGCUGCGAGGAAUGGGGGAUUGGUUUGGAGAUUGAAGAUGCUAAGAGGGACAGAGUUGAGAGCCUUGUGAGGGAGUUGAUGGAUGGUGAAAAGGGGAAGUUGAUGAAAGAGAAUGCUUUGAAAUGGAAGAAACUGGCACAUGACUCUGCUGUUGGGCCAAAAGGAUCAUCGUUUGUGAAUCUUGAGAACAUGUUUCGUGGCGUUCUAUUAUUAGAAAAGUCCUAAACUUUCUUGUUCAUUUCUUCUGGUUAUUUUGUCUUGUCUGUAUACUUUUACCCUCUAGUGGGAGAUGAUUAUGGGUGUUGAAUUGGAAUUGUCCCCACAUAUGAUUUGCUACAUUGUUUUGGUUGUUUCCAUUUAAUGAGUCCAAUCUAGAUAUUGCUUCAAUUAA